UCACCAACGAGAUACUAUAAUAAGAAUAAUAAUAAGGACAUUAUAGAUCUUGGAUAUUACAAUUGUUUCGUAACGUAAGCCUAACUAAAUUGUUACAAGAUGUUGCACGUAAUUGCGAGACGAAUACCGUUGCAGAAUAUAACGAUUGCUUCUUUACGAACAUUCAGCGCACAAGCUUCGAGUACUAGUCAAUCCACGGUGAAUAGCAACGUCCCAGGUCUCAGCGAGAAUGUUGUCAAAGUACCAAAUACACCUGUAGGACCCAAUGCCGCAAAAAACAUGGAAUAUAAAAAUCCCGAGUACUUUUGCUACCACAUAGAUUCGUUCGGGGAGGCUGAAGUGGAGCUAGCAAAGUAUAGAUUACCAGUACCAUCUAACAAGAGACCAUUCAACAAAUAAAUGAUAACGGAUGGUAGAAACAAAAUAAUGAAUUUAAUAAGUUGAAGAGUGUACAGAAAAUAUGUAGCGAACGGUGUAUUUAAAAUGUCUAUGUAUUUUAUAUAUUUAAGGAAAUAUGUCAUUCAUUUAUGUGAUUCAUCUAUUUUGUUUUCACCAUUUUAUUUCAGAAACCAUUGUUUUGUUGAGUGUUACCAAACUGCCGCUAAAACGAUAGUGUUUUGCA